CUCUCUAUUUCUUCUCUUAAAAUACCCCCACACAAAAAGAAAAUGGUUAGUCUCACAAACCCAAAAAGCCCUCUCUCUUCUCUUCACAUUUUCUCCACUUCUACCCCAUCAUCAUCAUCAUCAUCAUCUAUAACAACCAUGAAAGUUAAAACCCUAAUUCAUCUCAUAUUUUCCCACAUUUGCCACCUUCUUAGAGCACUUUCUAAGGCCAAAUCUAAUUUCCUAAAGACUUUCAAGGAAAAUCAAAUCAUGUACUUUAAACAAACAAAGAAGAACAAGUAUAGGAACAAAAUCCUUUUUGGGUCUUUUAGACUUCAUUAUAAUUGGUGUUCUUCAUCUCAUGCCCAUGUUUUGCCUAUUCCUUCUCCUAUACUAAUUAAUAAUAAUACAAGUAGUAGUGAUAUCUAUUAUGAUUCUACUUGGAACUCAAUUUAUGCCACUCAUGAUGAAAAUCAUGAUCAUGAUCAAGUUUUUAAUGGUAAUGUUGGUAAUUGUAAGGAAGAUCAAGGACAACUUUCAAGUUAUCUACAAUGGUUGGAAGAAAAAGGUAGCAAAAAUGAGAAUUUGGUGUAUGAAGUUGAGAAUGAGAUUGAUAAGUUGGCAGAUAUGUUUAUAGCUAAUUCUCAUGAGAAGUUUAGGUUGGAGAAGAUUGAAUCUUAUAGAAGAUGCCAGGAAUUGCUUGCUAGAAGUUUGUAAGAGAAAGAACAAAUUAAAUAAUAUUUGUUUAAUUCGUUUUAUUAUACGUGCUACUAAUGGUGAUAUUUUUCUACUGAACAUGUUAGUAUCAGUUAUAAGUAUUUCAGAACGGAGAUAAUAAGGAAGUGGGCAUAAGUAAAUUAGUUCGCUAAUUAAGAUUAGUUAAUUCCUUUUAGAAAUAGUUUAUUAUAUUUAUUACUUAUUAUUUUUACUUUUAUAUGUUAGUCAUAGAUUUGUGUUAGCUAAUCAAGGGAAGCACUAGCCAAUAGGGGAGAAAACUAGAGAUGUUUGGGGAUUGUGAAUGCGAUAUUCUAGUGUACGUCUGUAAGAUUGAGCUUAAAAAAUAAGUUUCUUUCUCUUUAAGAGAAACAUAUGAUAAUAUUUUGUACGAAGAGGAUGUGUAUUUGAAGAAUUGUACAUGAAGAUAGUGGGAUUAUGAGGCAUUAAUUUGAGAGAUCUUUAGUCUACAUUUUUUGAGCAAUCUUUUUUUUAUUUGUUAAUUAUUAUAAAAUAGUCAAUCUAUAUUAAUUAUAAAAAACAGUCUA